AUGGCGGGAUUUCUCGCGCUUGCCAUUAUGGCAAUCCUGUUGGGAGCGGCGUCGUUUGGAGUGGGGAUGCUGCCGCUCGCGUUCGCGUUCUCCAAAUCCUCCCUUGCAUCAUUAAGCACAUAUGGAUCCGGGCUAUUACUCGGCGCCGCACUAGGUGUCGUUAUUCCAGAAGGUGCGGCGGCACUCGCCGACGCAACCAUGUCUCCGGACUUCCCUACGCACCCCACCGCCCUUGCGCUCCUCCUGGGGUUCACUUUUAUGGUCCUCGUGGAGAGCCAAACAUCUGGCGCACACGGGCACUCACACGCCCCGCUCCGUCAAUCGGACCCUCAAACCGCGACAUCCACCGUAGAGUUCGACGUUGAGCUCGGAGAGCUGGAGCGUGAACACGGCAUCGACCCGGAGCCGUCGACAUCGGUCCUUCGCGCGAGCGCACAGGAGAAAGAAAUGCAGGGACGCGCAGUCGCGGCGGUUCCGCUUACGCUCGGGCUCGUUGUGCAUGCCCUUGCGGAUGGACUCGCGCUGGGCGCGGCCGCGUUCUCGGAUGGGGCCCGCGCGCGGUCGUCUGCGACCGUCGUAUUUCUUGCGCUCGUCGUGCAUAAAGCCCCGACCGCACUCGCGCUCACGACGAGCCUGCUCUCGACCGCACUUCCAGUCGCCCAGUGCCGCAAGCAUCUGGGGCUUUUCAGCGCGUCGACUCCGGUCGGCACAAUCCUUGCAUACACCGUGCUCUCGUUCUUCGGCACACAGGGCCGCGGGCACUGGCCGGGGCUUGCGCUGCUAUUUUCGGGCGGUUCAUUCUUGUAUGUUGCGGCGGUCCUUCAGCCCGCGCUAGCAAACGGCCAGGCGGGCGCCGAAGGGCUCGGAGCUCGCAGAAAGUUGGUGUUGACGAUCGCGGGGAUUUUGACGCCAUUCGUUGUGGCAUCCCUGGUCGACCACGGCCAUGAGCCAUGA